AAACAUACAACUGACUAGACAUAAAAAUAACUACAGAGCCAAAUUCGAUGAAGUUGCCUAAAUGACAGCUAUUUCUCGUGAAAUGGAAAAAGAAUCCACAAAAUCUGUUCAUCAUCUCCAAAUCUGAGGAAACAAACAUAAAUAAAAAAUAUAAACAAAUUAAGAACCACCUUUUUGAAGUCGUUUGAAAUCGGGACCUAAUUUCCUACAUAGAAACAACGAUGAUAACCAAUGCAAGUACAUUUCUCCUCGUGUACUUACAAUUUAAAUAUAGACGUAUGAUCAGUCCUUGAUAGUCCUUUGUGACGUCCAGUGUAGUUUACGAGACUGUAUUGUUUGGAUAAAAUGCAGUUAAUAUCGGUUUUACUCUAUGUGGUCUUAGCAUCGGUUUUAGAAGAAAGCUACUGUGGGAUAGCGAAACUGAAAUUUAAUUCGGCGAAUUCAUUUGGCUACAAAAAUGUUGGAAGUCCUGAACGAAUAAAUCCAGAAGGAGAUGCUACACAACAUUUGCAGCUUAAAGCUUACCACGCUGACAAACCUUCGCUGAGUCGUUUGAAAAGGAGCGAUAACGUUAUUGAAGAAGAAAACCUUGGUACUACGAUGUCCUGGUAUAAAGUCACUUGGAGGUACUCGAGACUGGAUGACAACGAUUCGAAAUUCAGAAACAUUAAUUCUUGAACAAAACAUGAAUUUGCUGAGGAAGUUUUAUAGAAGAGUAAUAUUUAUUCAUU